AUGAAGAAAAGAACAACAAAACAAUUAGAAGAAUGGUCAUUUUCCACUGUCAAUUCUGAUAAUAUUAAUAAGUUUGGAGAUGAAACACUUGUAGAGCAAAAUCCAAAAAAAUCUAGAAAAAAUUUGGAAGCAUCUAGUUCUGAUAGUUUGACCACUUCCUGUGAUUCUUGUUGUAUAUCAAAAAAUAUAAUUGAAAGUUUAAAACAAGAUAUUCAACAAUUAAAAACUGAAAAUAAUCUGAGAGACAAGAAAAUUAAUUCUUUAGAGGAAGAAAUUAAAAAAGUAGCUGCAUCUCGUCGCUCAUUUUACCCUAAUGAAGCAAUAGGUUGGGGAGGAUUCACAGGAGUUUCAUAUGCAAAUUUUGUUAAAAUUAAAAAUAAAUGGAGUGAAUUUGAUAGUGAAUACAAAUGUUACAGUAAAUGUAACAGAAAAAGGACACCUAUUGGUCGUUGUAGUAGUGGAUAUGGAUACGUAACUUUAAUUAAUGAUGAAGAUAUUAAAUAUGUUGCGGUGAAUCGAGGAGAUUAUAAUAUGAAUGUAUUUGUUGAUGCAGAAAAUUCAUUCAACAAGCCACAAAAUUGUCUUAAUUAUUCUUUGUACUAUUUUGAAAUUAAAUGUAUAUUUGAAGGAAAGUUAAUAAGGGUAGAUAUGGAAAUUGGUCUUAAAAAUUAUAACACAACUGGAUAUAUUAGUUUUGAUACAGAAUCGUUUAAAAUAAAACACGAGUUUAAAGGAUCGUUUCAAGUUUCACCAUAUUCUUUCAAUAAUAACGACAUUUUUGGUUGUGUAUUGGUUUGUCCACCAAAUACUAAAAUGAAUGAAGAAUUUCCUUAUGUUUUCUUUACAAAAAAUGGAAGACAAAUGGGUAAAUAUUUAAUUAUAAAUAUUUUUAAAAUACCCUUUUUAAAGGUAAAGGCAUAA